CUGGAGCUGCCGUCGAUUUCACAGGUCCACACCAGAGGUCCUGUUGAUAUUCCUUGGUAUAACCACCACGCUGCAGAGAGACCGUUGUUGUCUGGCGAUAAGCUACCGGCACUCAGUCUACCCACGGCCUCGCAGCCGCCCAUCUCGGGCCAGUCCUAUCGGGCUACUUACGAAGACCCAUCAGUCCCCGGCUCAAACAACCCGAGUGCGCGGACCAGCCUGUCGGGGUCGACACCACUCGUUAACGAGGCCAGGAGCCCGCCGCCGUCCGGAGAUCUCGCGGCUGGUGGCCAGGGUCGGCUUUCGUUGGAUUCAUCCGCUCCACAGGACUACUCAAUCGCUCAACACCCGGUGAGCGACGGCUACUAUUCACAUCCAAGCUCGCUUGGCAGCAUGAACCAAACUCAACAGUACAUGGACGUCCACUCCUCGCAUCUGUCGUCGGCUCAGCCGUAUGCUUCUCAUGCGGCCACUGCCGGUGGGAUCGCUCAUUACCCGCAAUAUCAUCAGCAACCACCGGUGCUGCAGCCCGCCUCGACUUCGUACGGACCGGCUAGCUCGUACUCGCAAUAUGCCUAUCCUGGCGGCGUUACUACGUCACAAGGAGGGCACCAACCGCCUCCGACGUCGAUGAGUGCUCAGGUUCCAGCUCAAUUGCUCCCUUUGCCGGUGACCAACCACCCCGUUGCAACUCAAGGCUAUGCAAACACAACUGGCGCGCCUCUGCAAGGGUACAUUUAUGAUUCCACCGGACAAGUAGCACCCCCGGGAGCUAAGCCGAGAGUCACGGCCACGUUGUGGGAGGAUGAGGGUAGUCUUUGCUAUCAAGUGGAAUCCAAGGGCGUCUGCGUUGCUCGACGAGAAGACAACCACAUGAUCAAUGGAACUAAGCUGCUUAAUGUUGCGGGAAUGACUAGAGGUCGUCGAGACGGAAUUCUCAAAAGCGAGAAGAUUCGCCAUGUCGUGAAAAUCGGCCCAAUGCAUUUGAAGGGCGUGUGGAUUCCCUUCGAGCGUGCUUUAGAAUUCGCCAACAAGGAAAAGAUCACGGAUCUUCUGUAUCCCCUGUUUGUGCACAACAUUGGUGGUCUUCUGUACCAUCCCACCAACCAGACCCGCACGAAUAUGGUGGUGCAGGAAUCACAGCAGCGACGGCUAGAAGGCCCGCAAGCAGCUCGCGCAUCACAAGGGCCCCAGCCCCCUCCGCUGCAUCAUCACCAUUCCUUGCAAACUCCCGUUUCUUCGCACAUGCCGCAACCUUCCACGAUUGGCUCCCAGGGCCGACCAGGAUUGGAGCGGGCGCCCGCCUUCCCUACACCCCCGGCCAGCGCCUCAAGUCUCAUGGGUAUCACGAAUCAAGGCCACUCCUACGAGUGGGGGAACCAGGGUAUGAACUCCGGGGUGCCACACUCACAACCCCUGUCAAUAGAUACCACCUUGAGCAAUGCACGGUCGAUGCCGACCACGCCCGCUACCACACCCCCUGGAAGUGGCUUGCAAGGGAUGCAGUCGUAUCAGGCUCAGUCUGGGUACGAUAGCUCGAAGCCCUACUAUUCGACCGCGCCUGUCUCUCACGCCCACUAUGCCCCGCAACAGCCCUUGAGCCAACCGACCAUGGCCUCGUACGGUCACAGCAUGCAGCCCAACAACUAUAUCAAGAACGAAAUGGGUCCUCCUUCCGCACGAACUCCUGGCGGGCCUCAAGAGACCGAGACGGGCGAAGUCAAAUCGGAGCGCUAUUCGCAGACUAAUGGCCAUGUUGGCAAUGGGGUGCCUGAGCAUGUCCCCGAGCAUGAGCCCGACUAUGUGCAGCACGACAAUGGUUACAACACUAGCCGGGGCUCCUAUACGUACACCACCAACCCAUCUGUUGGCAGUCUGACGGGAGAUCACUCGCAACUGACCCCCGACGUUACGGGAUCUCCUUCGCAGCAGAACGGCUCUGGGCGGAUGACUCCCCGGACAAGCGGCGGCCCACCCCCACAGUGGGCUUCUGGUUACAACACCCCUCCUCGCCCAGCAGCCGCCAGCAGUCUCUACAACAUUGUCAGCGACACCCGCGGCACUCCAGCCAACGGAGCAACCUCCGACAACUACUCAAUGGCUUCAAAUUCCGCGUCUGGAUACUCGACGGGAAUGAAUGGGUCUCUCGGCUCAGGCAAGCGCAUGCGAGAGGAUGACGAUGUGGACCGAAUCGUUCGACCCGACAGCCGCGAUGCGGACUACGGCCCCAAGCGUCGUAAGACAUUGACAGAAGUUGGCGGUCCCGUUGGAGUUCCUCUUCCAUUGCAACCUAUGAAGGCUGGCGGUGUCAUGUCUCGUCGACAAUGA